CGCCCGCCCGCUCCCCCCUCCGCCCUCGCCCAUCCGCCGUCAUGGUUGACCGCCAGGAGCUGCCACCCGCCGAUGCGGAGCAGUACAUGUCCAAGCUGGCCUUGAUGGUGUCGCUGCGCAACCAGCUGGUCACCAUGAUCAAUGACAUCACCGACCGAACGUCUUCAUCCUCCCCCACGCCGGUGGCCAUCUCCGAAGAGGAGAGGGCCAAUGUGGCCCGCAUUCGUCAGGCGCUCAGCCAGACGGACCAGCUCAUCCAACUGUCGCCGCCCCUGCCGAAGAUGGUGCAUGGGGCCCUGUGGCCGGCCCUCCCCACCGGGCCCGUGUUCCCGGCCAGCUCCCAGAUGCCGGCCCUGUAUGUGGAGAAGCUGCACCAGUACCAGGCCUUCCUGGUGGGGCUGGGGCACCGGUGCUUCGGCGUGGACCUGGCCGUCAGCCAUCCGCUGGUGGUGGCCAACUACAGCCCGGGCGGUGUCAUCUCGGUGGCCUACUCCGCCGGGCAUGGGAUUCAGGCGCUGGCGGCGUCGCGACCGGCCGCACCGGCGGCAGCCGCCGCCGCCGCCGGGGCGCACGUCGGUGCACAGCCCGGCCCCGGGGCCCCGACGUCCCCAAAUCCGGCGGCGGCGGCGGCGGCGGCGGCGGCGGCCACUGCGGCGGCGGUUGCCGCUGCCGCUGCCGCUGCGGCGGCCGCCGCUUCCCGAGCGGCCCCCCCCGCGGCCACGGCGGCAACCCCCGCCGGCACUGCGGCAGCGGCGGCGACGGCCGGCGCCCAGCCCGGCGCCUACCAGCCGUCGGUGGCGGCCGGUGUCCCGCGGCCCGCUGCCGGGCAGGUCCCCCGGCCGGCCCCUCGUGCCCUCAUUUCUAAGACCAAGCUCCAGGAGAUCGUCCAGUCGGCACAUCCGAAUGCCACGCUGGAUCGCGUUGUGGAGGAGGCCCUCGGGUCGCUGGCCGAGGAUUUCCUGGUGCAGGUGAUCACGCAGUCCUGUCGGCUGGCUCGCCAUCGGGGCAGCCUCACCCUGACGGCCAAGGACGUCCUGCGGCCGCUUCGGCAGCACUGGAACAUGGACGUCCCGGGGUAUCCGGUGUUGGCUACCUUCACGCCGCACCAGCAGCCGGCCGACGCGGAGCAGGGGCCAGCCGGGGGGGCCGGAGGCGCGCCGGCCGACAAGAAGUAGCCCUCCCGGCGGGCUUGCCGCGGCGC